UUCAGAAAGCUGUCUAAUCGUCUCUCUUUAGGACCCGCCGUUUCAGCCCAUUGGCCCAAUUCAACUUGGGCACAACUUGGAGAAAUCGACAGUGAAGUCUCACAUGUUCCGUCUACAUUCAACAACGUUCAUUUCGGUUAAAGGGUUACUUGGAAAAAAUGAUUUAAGGUUGAACGAUUUACUUCCAGAUUAUUAUUUUUUUUAACAAGGAAUUCACUGGUGUUUCAAACAGACUGUGGAAGUGAACCGGAUUUGCCCGAGCAAUGGAUCCAGAGAGACUAAAGCGCAAGGAGGAAAUAGAGAAAGCCCUGGGAUUUAUACAGUUCUGCAGGUCAUCUCUGCCUUUCCCUGACCCUGAUGGUUAUGAGGCAUUUUUGAGUCAGUUAGUUUGCAACUUGCUGGAUGAAGGGAACACAGUGUUUCGUGAAGGAGAUUGGAGACAGGCAGCUGUGCACUACAGUGAAGGUGUGAACGUAGCUCGAUAUGCUCAGUCUGAAGCACUGGUCAUUCCUCCAGAGCUACUUGAAAGUCUUUACGUGAACAGAGCUGCUGCACACUAUAGCCUUGAAGAGUAUGAUCAAGGGGUGCAGGACUGUGACUGUGCACUGGCUGUAUCUGAGGGAAGCCGGAGAGCACUCUAUAGGAAAGCACUGUGCCUGAGAGAGCUGGGCAGAUUCAGAGAGGCCUACGAGUGUGGCACUGGGUGUCUGCUUGCUGCCCCUCAUGACAGACAAGUUAGCGAGUUGGCUAAGGACCUUGCCAACAAACUUGGCCUGAAAAUCCGCAAAGCCUAUGUUAGUCCUCAGGUUGACUCCACAACAUCUGGUGCAGCAAGUAAUGGGGAGACUGCACCUUCUACAGGGGAGACAUCUUCAAAUGGUCUUGAGUCGCUGACCGAUAUUGGUUCAGAUAUGUCCAGUGCCCAGUGCAUUCCUGCACCGUUGGCCACCCCAAUCCCAGUCAGUGAUGACCCUGCAAUGCCCUCGCUGGCUCCCAUAGUUCCCCAGGACACCCCUGAGAGCCCCAGUCAGGGGCCCACAGGGCAGGUGCAAUAUUCUGUGCCGGUGUCUGACGAUGUGGGUGAAUGUGUGAUUAACACAAAUCUAGACAGUCUGCUGGAAAAAGGAGCGGAGGUCACUGUGAACCCUGUGCAAGGUGCCAUUCCUACUAACCUCCCAAAUACAGCUGUAGGGUUGCGUACUACCUACCCCUCUGCUCUCCCAGCCUCUUCGUCCCCGCUCACUCCCCCUUAUUUUGCUUCCACCAUAAAUCCCCUCACUCAGCUGGACCCUUUUUCAUCACUUGUCCAAAGUGAGAGCUCACAAGCCAUGGAGUCUCUCCUCCCUUACCCUGCUGGGUCUGGAGAGGCUGUUGGAAGGGCCAGAGCGGAAUCACUCAGCACACAAGGACUCGAUUCUCUUUCUGAAUAUACAUUACCAGGAGGAAGAAUCUCUAGCACUUUCUUCUCUGGAUUACGGAACCAUAGUACCACUCAUUCGAAUGGCUCAGCUGCCACCAACCUUUCCCUCUUGUCCCAGAAUCCACUGGCUGUCACCCAUGAGUUCAGACAGGCGUGUCAUGCAUGUUACAGUCGAAUAGGUCCUCGAGUCAUGGAUUACAAAUAUCAGCCCGAUGCAGCACAUCGUUGUAAAAGAGAUGUGCUGCUCUGUCGCCUCAAAUCAUCUGAAGACACCACUUGGAAGAGGAUAAGACCUCGCCCUGCUCGCAAUAACUUUCUUGGAGCGUUUGUUCUUUGCAAAGAAGUGCAGGAGCGUCAGGAGUGCCAAUAUGGAGAAAACUGCACAUUUGCUUAUUGCCAAGAGGAGAUAGAUGUGUGGACCCAAGAGAGGAAAGGAGCUUUAAGUCGAGAGCUAUUAUUCGACCCCCUGGGCACAAAUGAGAGACGUGCACUUAGUGUUACUCGGUUAUUGCAGAUUCAUAUGGGCAUGUUCAUGUUCCUCUGUGAGGAAUGUUUUGACAGUAAGCCUCGUAUUAUAAGUAAGCGCAGCAAAGAGAAUCUAGGCGUCUGCUCCAACCUGACUGCAAAGCAUCCUUUUGAUGAUAAUAAGUGUCUAGUGCAUGUGGUACGCUCAGCCAACGUGCGCUACAGUAAGAUUCGUCCACUCCAUCCACUCUGCCAGUUUGAUGUAUGCCGCCAUGAGGUGCGCUAUGGGUGCCAGAGGGAAGACAGCUGUUCUUUUGCUCACUCAGUUAUUGAACUCAAGUGCUGGGUGCUACAACAGGACACGGGUAUCACUCAUGAGGAGAUGGUGCAGGAGUCUAAGAGACACUGGCAAAGACUGGAGCAGAAUGCGCAAAGACAGAAGCCCAUGCAUAUGCCUCAUCAAACCAGCGCUAGCAGUAAUUGUGUGAGCAGUGCUGGUUUUGGGACUGGAGGAGGUGUUGGAGUGGGUGGUGAUGGAGGUGGAGGCUCAGGAGGAGGCACAUGUGGGCGAGGCCGUGGGCUCAACCUCAAGAUGAAGUUUGUGUGUGGCCAAUGCUGGAGAGAAGGCCAGGUCAAUGAACCAGACAAGUCACUGAAAUACUGCACUGCAAAAGCCAAACACAGCUGGACAAAAGAACGUCGGGUGCUGUUGGUCAAAUCGUUUGAGAAGAAAAAGUGGGUUGUUGUACGUCCACUGCCUUUCUCUCGAACUUACCCCCAGCAGUAUGAUAUGUGUGUUCAUGUGAUGAAACAAAAGAAGUGCCACUACAUUGGGAACUGCUCAUUUGCACACAGUUCAGAAGAAAGAGACGUGUGGACUUACAUGAAGAACAACAGUUUGAGAGACAUGCAGCAGAUGUAUGACUUAUGGCUAUCACUGACCAAUCAAAACCGUCGAUCAGAUGGCCCCAUGAUGACUGCUCCUCCUGAAGAAAAACAGAAUUCUAUGCCAGCUGACUAUUCUGACUCGGUGGCUGGGCAGCGCAUGCCAGGAAGUGGGGAACUGUGACCACAAACAAAGCAUCAAGUGGUAGCCCUUGUGACUACCUGGAUGAGGCUUCCUGUCAGGAGAAUCCAUCAGAAUGUAUUCUCCAUUCCCUUCAGUGCAACUAUAGGAAGCACUGUAAUCUCCUGCUGACAGUCUGACUGUAAGCCUAACACGGUGAUAGUGAACACAAACACAUGCUUUAUCAUUCAUGCCCAAAUACGUUUGUUGAUAUUACACUUGGCUGUAUGUUUUGUAUGCAAAUCAGUAAUGACAGCCUAUGUAAUGUAAGGUCAUUUUAAUUCCAAAUUAUUCCAUUUUAAUAUACAAGUACUUCCUUACUCUGUAUUUUUGCCAUAUUGGCAGAAGAAAAGGAUUGUAUAGCCAGCAAAGGCUCUCCAAAAGAGUUGUGAAAUUUAUUGAACACACCUUGGCACUAUCCUUUGCCUGUCGGGCUGUUUCUUUAUAGAACUAGCAUGUAGGUUUGCUGCCUGUCAAUCUUCACAAGCCAACCUUGCGUGCCCAAACUUGCGUUUACAUUCAGUUUUGCACUGAGUGAGCUGUGAAAGGGGCAGUGUUUUGUAUUAAAUAGAAAAGGUCAUUGAGGAAAGUGAUUGAAUAAUAGCGUGAUGUUCCGGGACAUUAUCAUCAGACCAGUCAGAUAUAAAUGACAAAUGUAAUUGCAGUUUAAGAAGCAUUAAUGAUUGGAAUUAGACUCAUUUGAGGCUUCUUUACCCUGAACCAUCAUAACAUUUUGGAGCUCUCUAAGCUAUAUUCCAAAAUAAGUCUUUGAAUUCUUAAAUGAGAGGCACAAUUGUUCUCCGUAACUCAUUUGCUCAUUUCAGGCAAGCAACCUGAAUGAAAUUGAGAUUGGAGAACUUUAGGCAGAAAAACUUGACAUGGUGUGCCUAUACGUAAUUAUAUUCCCUACAAAAAAAUAUAUAUAUAUAAAUAUAUACACACACUCAUCAUAUACCUUGCUACUUUUAGUAAGCCCUGUCCAUACGUAUGUUGGACAGUACAUAUUUACUAUACUACUAAUGAUUAUUGAUAACCUAGCAGUUAAAGCUUAAUUAAAUAUAGCCUGACCUUGUAUUGAUUACAUAGAAUCUGUUGUUAUUGAGCUAUGCUAUAUGACUUGUAUUGCUGAUUAGAUGACUAGUGAUUUUUCUUCUCGCUUCUGUGAGGGUCAUUCCAGAAACGUCAGUAUUUUUUGUUUUGUUUUUUUGUUUUGUUUUUUUAAGGUUGCCCCAGCCUACAUCAACAACUCAAGAUAAGAAAGAAGAAAGAUAACCAUAAAUCUUACUUUUACCACAAUAACAUUUUAGAAAUAUCAAGAACUUUAUGAAUUUGGGGCUGGGAGUUGUCUUGGUUUCAACAUGUAUGAAUUCAGUGAGGGGUUUCUGGAAUGAUCUUAAUGUAUGCUUCAGUGAGGGAUUGUAUUAUUAUUAUUACUACUACUAUUAUGAUUAUGAUAAUGAUUACUAUUAUUGACUGUUUAUCCUCCUAUAUUCUAUUGAUAUAUGUAUAUGUUAAUUGCAAUGUAUAACUCUCUCUUAAGUAUAUGUAUCAAUGUAUGAACAUAAAACAUAACAGUGAAUAGUCUAUGUAUGCUGAGAGACUGUCAGUUUAGGGAAGAGGUACUGUGUAGAUACAUGUGCUUGAGGUUUUGAGAUGGUCAUUAGUUUAUUAUUGGGCUAGAACAUAAAGUACAGCGUGUUUACAAAUAGAUUAUAAACUAUAGGUUUUUCUUCUGAAUUGUUUAGAAUGCGUUUUGUUGCCGAUUAUAAUGGUAGGAUCCACCAUGUGCCUUUAUUUUACCAUUGAUAUGACUGGUGGAUUAAGUGGAAUAAUAAUAUGAAGUUAAUUAUAUUUCAAAACACAUGGCUCACCUGCCCAAACUCUCUUGCCUGGUUCUGAUCAAGUCCUCAAGCUCAUGUAUUGUCAGCUGUAUUGUGAGUAAAAUGCUAAGCAUACAUAAGGAUUUUUUUGUUUUGUUUGCAUAGCACCUUAUACACUAUAAACAUAUAUACAAUUAUAAAUAUCCUGAGCAUAUAUAAUCUUUCUCCUUCAAUAUAUGAUGAAUAUAUACAUACUUAGACAACUUAAAUAAUGAAAUAGAUGCAAGGUGGUGGACGGGUUUUGUGGUUUGUUUUGUUGACUGGUGUGGUUGGUUGUGGCAUGCAGCUCCAGUUGUCUUCGAAAUUCUGUGGAACAUCAGCAAUUUCCAUAGAACCGUUGUUUUUUCUGGUUUUGUUAGCAGUUUCCACUCUUGAUGACAGGUUGACAAUCAGAAGUGUAAGCUGAGAAGGUGGUGCAGAGAGACUCGGUUUACAGAAAUGCUCAUUAAUGAGGAGGAUUGCAGAUGGUCAUAUCAAAGGGCCAGAAUCCCCCUAACCCUGGCCACUGAUUAUUCAAUGGAAUUGAGAGAGCAUCAUCCACUCAACUAAAUCACAUCCCUGUCAUUUUCAACUUGAAUUUACUUCAUUGAGUAAACAUCACUGAAUGUGAACUUGUGAUAUUUUGGAUCUUGGACUCCUCUUUUAAGUAGUUUGAGUAAAUGGGUAGAGAUUGCACAUGGUUAGAACUUUGUGUUUAAUACUCUCUAAAGCCAAGUCUCCAGUUUAUGGCAGACAGUUAAACAUUGAUCUUGACAUGAUGUUCCAUAUUUAUCCUGAAAAGAUUUCGUCUUUUCAAUACAACAUAUGGAUAAAGUUUAAGAUGCUGUUAUCUGUCAAGAUGAAUUAUUUUUCACCUAAUAGCUGAAAACUUCAGGGUUUUUGGAAAGAAGAAAAAACAAACAAAAUAAAUGCCUCUUUUUGUACUGUAUUUUUACAUUGUUUUUUUUGUUUCUCCUUUUUGCUCCCUUAUUGGAAUGAAUAUUGAACACAGUGGACCAAAUCUCAUGAGUGCUUAACAAUAAACAGAUUGUUUUAGAAAA